UUUUCAUGCUCCAACACUUUUGAGUUUUUACGUUUGUUAUAGCUGUUAUUUCAAUGAGUCUCUUUAGCUUCAGCGCGCCAGUUGAUAUUGAUAUUCGUUUUAAUGGAGAAGAAAAUAGAAAAUUGGUGGAAGUUAAGGUUGAUAGAGAUCGCCGCGAAAGAUUUCCUCUAUACUUUGAUGGCGAAACCGUAGCGGGCCGAGUAACUAUUAGACCUCGUGAUGGAAAGAGGCUGGAACAUCAAGGAAUUAAAAUAGAAUUUGUGGGGAAUAUCGAACUUUUCUAUGAUCGAGGUAAUCAUUACGAAUUCGCUUCCUUAGUGCAGGAAUUAGCAGUACCUGGUGAAAUGCGUCAACCACAAUUUUUUGACUUUGAAUUCAAAAAUGUCGAAAAACAAUAUGAGAGUUAUCAUGGAAUAAAUGUCAAAUUGAGAUAUUUCGUUCGUGUAACUAUUUCAAGGCGUUUAACUGAUAUUGUGAAUGAAAAGGAUAUAUGGGUUUAUUCAUACCGUAUGCCGGUAGAAGGAAAUAGCUCUAUCAAAAUGGAAGUUGGUAUUGAAGACUGCUUACAUAUUGAAUUCGAAUACAAUAAGUCAAAAUACCAUCUUAAAGAUGUAAUUGUAGGAAAAAUUUAUUUUCUACUUGUUCGCAUAAAAAUUAAACAUAUGGAAUUGUCAAUUAUUCGUCGCGAAACGACUGGUGCAGCUCCAAAUCAAUAUAAUGAAAGUGAGACAAUUACUAAAUUUGAAAUUAUGGAUGGUGCUCCGGUACGCGGUGAAACAAUUCCCAUUCGCCUCUUCCUUGGAGGUUUCGAAUUAACCCCAACUUUCCGUGAUGUAAACAAAAAGUUUUCCACACGUUAUUAUCUUAAUCUUGUACUUGUUGACGAAGAAAAUCGACGAUAUUUUAAACAACAAGAGAUUACGAUUUACAGAAGAAAAAUUGAUGAUGGUAUAGACGAUGGCCAAGAAUAGUUUUGUAGAAUAUUUUUGGGAUUAAAUGGAUUAAAUUAAUUUUUAUGUAUAACUUAUUUUUUCCUGUUUAAUUUGUUUAAUUAAAAUUCUCUAAUAUUUAAAUCAUGUGUAUAUGUAAGUACUUAAAUAAAUAAAUUUGCUAUAUGAUUUGUCAUUCAUAGAAUAAAUUUGUCAUGUGCACAUGAUCAAUAUAGAGAGCAUGUGAUUUUUAAAUUGACUGCGGC